ACAUUGUCAAUGUCAGAUGAUAAGAUAAGCAGCUGUUCUGUACCCAGGGACGCGCCCUACUGUCAUAAGGAUCCGUUUUAAGUUCUUUCUAGCGACGCUGCUUCAUUGGCUGGUCUCCGUCGUGUUUGAGAUUGCUUUCAAUCUCCGGACGGAGCUUCUCUGGGUGAUUUGCGGUGGUUGUUUCUUUCAAUUGAUGAAUUGGGUGGUUCGUUCUUGGAUUUAUCGUGACCCUCUCUUUGUUAAUACCUCUGUCUCGCUUUUGCACUCAAUUAUCACCUCUGCAUCAGUGGUUUUCAUUCUGCUCAAUCAAUGCUUAGCCAAAGGUUUAGACGAGAUGUUCGAUCAUUCUGAGUUGUGGGAUAUGCUUCAGUACCGGUUAUACAGCGGCUUAAUACCUUCCAUUGUGGUUCACCACCUCAUCCUCCUCGUUUGCUUCACAUUGGCUCUAUACCGAAAUGUAACCAUCAACUACCUGAUUCUUACUCUCAUUUGUGAGAUGCAUUCGAUCUUUCUACACGUGAGGAAGCUAAGGAGAAUGGCGGGAAUCCGAGACAGCAACACAGCAUUGGUGAAACUAGAGUGGGUACUAAACUGGACAGCAUUUGUGUUUGCGAGGUGCAUUCCUCACAUUCUCAUCAGUGUCAAGCUGAUCAAAGAUGCACACAAGUUUGGGAAAGGCCUGGAGUUACCGAUGCUAUGGUUUGUUUGUUGUAUGACUAGUGCCCACACAUCUCUUGUUUUAUAUCUGAGGCUUUGCUACUAAGUUCUAAUAGCUUUCAGAUUUGUAUGUAUCUAUAGAAAAACUAUAUGUAGAUGUUUUUUGUUGAUGAUUACAGAGUUUUUUUCUUCUUGGGUUUUGGAAAACCGUACCAAACUAGAAUUUUGGUUCGGCUUGAAGACUCGAUCUUGGUUUGGUUUAGUAUAUUGCUUCUACUUGUUACACUAUCUAAAUCUUUUUCUUGCUUGUCUUGUCUAAUGCGUUCAGGUUAAAUGGCUAACAAUCAUACUUGUACUUAUAAUCUAAGAAAUUGUUUGUUUUAUC